AUGCACCGACCGCACCUUCACCUCCUCCAGCGCCCGCACAAUCAGUCUCGCUCUCAACUUCAACGACCGUAUCUCCACCGUAUCUCCACCGCCUCAGCCGCUGCUGGAGAUACCGUUUCCUCUGCAAUCAUACGCCGCCCCCACCGUAGCUCUGAUCCCAACUGGACCGCAAUCAAGGCCGUAACAAAUCUCUCCUCCCAAGGCCGUCUCCACCUCCGUCACUUAAACCUCCUCCACCACCUCGGUUCCGGCGACCUCGGCCGUGUUUUCCUCUGCCGCCUCCGCGACUACGAUGCUGCAAAUUUCGCUCUUAAAACUAUAGAAAUACAGAAGGAUUUUUUAUCACCUAAGUCUCCAAGAGACUAG